AUGUCCCCUUACUUUCGGAGGCUCCUUGACGGUGGGAUCAAUGACCCCCUGGAGAUUCGUUCUCUUCCAUUUUAUGGCAUUGGCGGCGCUGGAACGCAUUUUCCAACUGUCGACAAAUCGGGAAACCCCGUGUUACCCUCAAAUACGAGACUUCCCCGACGAGUGCUGGGCAUUCUGGCAGCCGCUGAACCCGAGGACGGCAACACAUCAGGCCAGGAUCGUGAGAGGUAUCUCGAAAUUUUUGGUUAUGGUGGUCAGUGGUUUGAUUGUAGGGACGUCGAGGGCUAUCUGAAAGACAAAGGCGUUGAUCUAGAUAUGUCUUCUUUAUAUCCAGCGUUGAACAACACCAGCACACAGAUCCCCGCGUCCUACCGGCAGGUGCAUACACUAUCCGGCAUGGAUAGUAGCGCAAAGACUCCUCAACCAGGAGGAUCUGUCCACGACCUUAUACUUUCGACUCCUACACCUUGCCAUCCUAGUGAUGAAUUCCACAUCUCAGACACCACCGUGUUUGGACACCCAGACCAUCAUACUGAUUACUUUGAUAAUUCUACAUUCCAGCGAGGUCCUCGUUACAGCCUUGAUGUCCAGAAAUUCUUCAACCAAUUGCUCUCCGGAUUGGUCCUCCUAGGUCGGGCGCCAGGAUUCAGACGGACUGAGGUUGAGGCUGCAUUCGAGGCUUCCUUGAUGCCACGAAUUUUAUUCUGUUAA